AUGCGCUCUCACCCGCCUCCGCACCCGCUCGGGCUGUGGCCGGGGCAGCCGUGCCGUCUGCCCGACCGCCGUGUCUGCGUGCAGGAAGUGGGGACAGGGCACUGGGGGACGCGGCCCAUAUGGACUGUCUCGGCCACGCCCAAAGCCCGUGGCUUCCGGGGCCUCCGUGAGCGGCACUCCUGCAGCCAGCUCUCAGGGAGCAGGUUCAGGGCCCGGCUCACCAGCCGCGGCCUCCGGGUCUGCGCCAUCAUCCCUGAGGGCCUGUGUGCCGUGCCGCCGGGCGCUCAGGCCUGUCCGACUCUGCGCCCCCGUGAACUGUACCUGCCAGGCCCCUCUGUCCACACAGAUUCUGUUUUUCCAUUUUUUUUCCCUCCACUUUUGAGACAGGAGAGUGGAGUGUCACUUCCUUUCUUAAAAGUAAUCAACUUUUGGGGGAUCGGCCUCGCUCUGCGAGCAGUGAACGAGUGCGUGCAGCAGGCGGUGGCGCGGCGGCCGCGGGAUCUCCCAGCCAUCCAACCCCGGCUAGUAGCGGUCAGCAAAACCAAACCUGCAGACGUGGUGAUAGAGGCCUACAGUCAUGGGCAACGCACUUUCGGGGAGAACUAUGUUCAGGAACUGCUUGAAAAAGCAUCAAAUCCUCAAAUUCUGUCUUCGUGUCCUGAGAUCAAAUGGCACUUCAUUGGCCAUCUACAGAAACAAAAUGUCAACAAAUUGAUGGCUGUCCCCAACCUCUCCAUGUUGGAGACGGUCGAUUCUGUGAAGCUGGCCGACAAAGUAAACAGUGCGUGGCAGAAAAAAGGUUCCCCCGAAAGGUUAAAGGUUAUGGUCCAGAUAAACACCAGCGGAGAGGAGAGCAAACACGGCCUUUCCCCUGCAGAGUCGGCGGCCCUGGUGGAACACAUCAACGCCAAGUGCCCCAGCCUGGAGUUCGUGGGGCUGAUGACCAUCAGGAGCUUUGGGCACGAUCUUAGUCAAGGACCGAACCCGGGCUCCCAGGUGUUGCUGUCCCUCCGGGAGGAGCUGUGCAGGAAGCUGGGCGUCCCUCCUGACCAGGUGGAGCUGAGCAUGGGCAUGUCCGUGGACUUGCAGCACGUGAUUGAAGUGGGAUCUACAAACGUCCGCAUCGGAAGCACCAUUUUUGGAGAGCGAGAUUACUCCAAGAAAGCAGCCCCGGACAAGCCUGCAGCAGAGCUGAAGGCCCCGGAGGAAGUGGCCCAGGCACACUGACCCGAAGGCGGAUCCAGGAAAACUCACUGUGUGCUCACCUGGGCCUCCACCUUCCACGGCCCCGAGUCACUGCAUCUCCACACCCUCCUGGGGACCUGACGAGAGCAUGCCCAGGGCGAUGUGUGUGGAU